UCUCUGAAAAAAGAAAAAAGAUGAAAUUUCUUUCGAUUCUUUUCGGCGGCUUUUAAACACGUGCGUAUCAAAUAUAUUUUUACACAACGAAACACCUUAUUGCGCUUUUAAAUGUUAUCGCGCUUUUGAAAGGAUAUAGAAGUAAGAUGUAUGAUAUUCGUAACGAAAAUUGAGAAAGGAACGCGACAUAAUUAUAAACGGGCCUUUUUAUAUUUACGCAACGCGAUAAAUCGAAUAAUUCGAAAAAUGUGUUUUCUCGAAUCAUCGCCUCGUUAUUCCUCCAUUUUACGUAUCGCCGAAUAUUACAUAAACGUGCGACAACUUGCAAUUUAUUCGCGAUACACGGUGAAAAAAAAAGAAAGAAGAAACUCGAAAGAAAUUUAACAAAAUGUAUAUAUCUGCAAAGCGAGUAGAGGGAUGGGAUGAUGCAAAUUAAGUAAGAUUAUCGUACGUAAUUUUGAUCGGUAAAACGAAUGGUUAAUUUAAGCUUGUCAAUUAUACCGAUUAUUAACGCUUAAACGCGCGAGUACGAGAGGAAACGAAGAUGCAUUUUCACCUUGCGUUUCGAGCGAUAAUAAAAUAUAAAAUCGUGCGGCCGAGCGUAUUGAGAGAUAGAGUAUCCGAUUAAAUUGGACGCGUCGUUAAAUUAAUUCGAAAUUCAUACGAAGAAACGGCGACGAAAUAUUUUUAUUACGUUUUCCUUCGCCCGCGAAACCCGGGAAACGGAAUUAAUUUCGAACCCGAUCGCGAUUAAAAGACACUUCGCGUUGCCAUCCCGUGAUACGGCGUGGAACGCAGUUUCGUGUGCGCGAGCCGCGUCUCCACCCUAUCUACCAGCAUGCUACGCUUGUAAUUACGUUAAAUUAUUGGAUCGAGCAUGAAGGAGCGAGUUAUCUCUCAAUCUAGUCGGCUACAAAGGAACCGCCCGAGUAAUUGUGAUUGGUGUAACGGAGCCGACCGACAACGGACGUUAUUCGCAUUUCGUUGUACGCAUACGCGUCACACUCGCAUCUCCUCGUCGAAUCAAUCCUAUCUGCUUGCUUAUUCGCGCGCGUAACGUGGAACGUUCUUUCCACCAAAUUUUCUUUUCCCCGCCUCUUUAUUAUUAUUAUUUAUCGACAACCCCGUUUAUCUUUCACUUCCGUACGGGAAAAGAAUCGAACGAAGAGAUUCGAAAAAAGAAAAGAAAAGGAGACGAAGGUAUGGAUCCUUUCGGAUCGGAAUUGGCCUUUGUUGUUUCGCUUUUAACCACGAUUUCCAAGUAAAAUAUUGGCGACGAAAGGCAACGUACGACGAGGGAGAAGGAGGCAGGAAGUCGGAGACGCCAGGUUGGAUGGGACAUUGAUGAGGAAACUUGGGUUGGUUAUAGCCGGGGUUGGUGAUAAGGAGGCAAGGAGUUGAAGCAGCUAAAUCGCAGUCAUGAAGCGGAUCAGUGCGCACCGCGGUGCGCAUGGCGUCAGUUCACGGUUGAAAAUCAUGGGGAAAGGAUGUAUCGCCGGUUUGUGACGUGUGACUUGAAAUACGCAAUAAGUUAUUCUUAUUAUAUAAAUUUAUCAAUUAUUAGUCAGUGUCCAAAGAAUAGUAUCACUCAUUACGGAAAGAUUUCUACCAACUUUCACAUCCUAUCUGGUAGCCUUCUUCUCCUGGACUACAAUAGGCGUUCGUCGCAUCAUUUGGUAGCAUGGUUGCGCGUGGAUACACAAACUAUUCUAACGAUAGCGAAUCACGUGAUAACAAAAAAUCAUAGAAUCGGAGUAACGCAUACCGAACGCAAGACAUGGCAUUUACAUAUACGCGAUGUGACCGAAUCCGAUCGAGGUGCUUAUAUGUGCCAAAUAAAUACCGAUCCGAUGAAGAGUCAAACCGGUUAUUUGGAUGUCGUAGUUCCGCCAGAUAUUUUAGAUUAUAUGACAAGUACGGACAUGAUAGUCAGAGAAGGCAGCAAUGUGACAUUACAUUGUGCUGCUAAAGGAUCUCCAACACCAAAUAUUACAUGGAGGCGAGAAGGUGGAGAAAGUAUAUUUUUCGAGAAUGGAGAAGAAGUGAGAAUUGUCGAGGGUUCGAUCUUCAAUAUCAUUAAGAUAAAUCGAUUGCAGAUGGGUGCGUAUUUGUGCAUAGCUUCGAACGGUAUACCACCUACCGUCAGUAAAAGAAUAAUGCUUACGGUACAAUUUAGUCCAAUGAUUUCAAUUCAAAAUCAAUUGGUCGGGGCUCAAAAGGGACAAAGAAUAACCUUGGAAUGUAACUCGGAAGCGUUUCCACAAUCGAUCAAUUAUUGGACGAAGGGAAACAACGAAAUAAUAAAAAAUGGAGAUAAAUAUAACCAAUCAUUCACGAAUAACGUGUACAAAGUACAUAUGAAACUCACGAUAUUAGCGACGGAAAUGUCCGAUUAUGGAACGUAUAAAUGCAUAUCAAAAAAUUCUUUGGGGGAAACAGACGGCAGUAUUAAACUUUAUCAUAUUCCGACACCAACGACACAGCCGAGAACCACGACUACUACUACUCCAGUUCCUACUACUAGCGAAGAAGUUGAAAAUAUUCAAAAUUCACGACAAAGACCAGAAGCUAGUGCAGAUCCUAGUACGUAUCAAAUAACUGAUUCGUCAUUGCCUAACGUCGAACAUAGAACCGAUGAUAUACAUCUUCAUGGAAGAGCGAGCAGCGAUAGUUACAACGAUGCUGAAACCGUUAUAACAACAAAUGAACGAAAAAGCAUCGACAGCGAAAUACGAAGAAUCGACAACACGGCGCAAUCGAUGUCAUCCAGGGAUUCUAAUUCGAAUUUUCAAGUACGAACUACAACGGCCAUCUGCAUAAUCCUACUAUCCGCCCUGUCGUAGUCACGUUAGUAUUUGUCAGCGAAAAGAACGAUUAUUCGAGAAAAAUCCUUCGGGGAUCAAGAUUCGUCCUGUUCAUCGUCAUUUAUCUCAUCCGCGAAAGGGAUCAAUUAAUGGAUGUAUUUCGAUGUUACAAAUUUAUCGACAACCAUUGCCUUCGCUGUCGUUGUGACCGAGAUCAACGAAAUAAUUUUUCUUCCUUGUUCAAACUUUGCGAUAAAGUUCGUCAAAUUAGACGAUUAAUACAAUUUCUAAUAAUAAAUUCGAAUACUCGGAUCAGGUAUUUAUCAAUGCGAUUACAUUUUUGCAAAUUCGCACAAAUUCACGGAUUAUAAUUAUAAAUCAAUUAUUUUCCCGAUUCACGUUACGAUUAAUUACUUUUUCGUUAAUCGAAAUUUGAAAACGUUAAGUAAAUAUUAUUCCUUUCUUUUAAUUAUCUUCCUUAAUUAUUCUUUUUAAAACUUAAUUAAUCUCAUUCUUUUUAUAUCUUCAAAAAUUAAUUAACGUUCAAUUUACUUAUAAAUUUUUUUUUGUCACUUGUAUAACGUUAUUGGAUUUGAAAAUAAAUAAAUAUUCCUGGAACUAAAUUUAAAUUUAAAUGUAAAUAAAUUAAAAAUAUGUAUAAAAUAUUUUAUUAUAGAUGACUAUUUCCUGUAUAAUAGUAUAAAUAAUAAGAAGUAUAAUAAAUAAUCAUUGUUUUUCUAUAAAGAAUAAACGGUCAAAAUCAGAAGAAUAAGAUCGAUAAUACUAUCAAUUUUCAACAACAUGAUCAAUUUAAAACAAUUUGAAAAAUUGAUAUUCGAAUAUCAAUAUUAUAUAUAGUAUUAUAUCGAUUUUAACAGUUAAUCUUAACUUGAUACAUCUUUAAGAAAUAGCAAGAUGUUAAGAUUAAUAUUUUUUUCGAUCACUUUUACAUUUUUUUUAAUCUAUCGAUGGAUUCUUUUAAUAAGAAAAGAUAUCGAGAUAAACGGAAAAUCUAAAUUUAAAUUUAAUGUAAAUGAAGGAGAUUUUUGAAUAAUCAUAUAUAUUUAUUAAUUUAAUUUUUUCCAUUUUUCAAAUUAAUCUAAAACAUUAACAUCAUAGAAAAAUAUAAGAAUAUUUUCAUACGGUAGAGCCGUAUUAAUUGAACAUAAUACGGAUUCGCCAAUUUUGAGAAUCGACGAAUUCAUGAAAAAAUUUCGAAAAAAAAAUUAUAGUCGAAAGAAACGAAAUAGAACUAAAUUUAUUCAACAAUCUAUUCAAAACAUAUAAUUAUCACCUUAUGAAAUUAUUUGACGCAAUUUAAUUUCAAAUUUUAUUUUUAUACUUUCCUAUGAGAAAAUAGAAUAAAGAGAAUACAGAAUUAACAGAAAUAGAAAUAUUUUAUGAAAAAAAAAUUUAUUAAAUUAACGCAUUUUAAUAUAAUUUUUCAUUAUUAAUUUGAAAUUAAUCACGAAAACAAUUAUUAAAAAACUAAUAUCGUUUCCUCGAUCGCAGAAUCUAUUUUCCGUUUAUCAAUAUUUUAGAUAAAUUAGAGCAAGAAUUCAUAAAUUCAUAUUACGAGAACGCCAAAGAAUAAUUAUUGUAUAGAGAUGAAUAUUUUUGUAUUUUCUCGUAUCAAACAUUUUAUUUUAAAAUCUAUAAGAUUAAUUAUCGUAACGGGGUAUACAUUGUCCACGAUAAUGAUGUUAUAUAUGUAUACGUUGCAUUAUACCAUACAAAAAAGUAUAAAUACCUCCAAUUUUAUAAUAAUACAUUUUUAUUUUUAUUUUAUCUCGAACAUAUAAAUAAUUUUUAUUGAUUUAUAUGCAAAGUCUCAUUGAUUCUAUUCUAUUCUCUCAAAACUAUCCUCUUUGUACGUAUUAUUUUCUCCCAUUAUUAUCGAUUUCUUUUCUUUUCUCACAUUCUUCGUUCGUCAGGUGAAAUCCUGAAAUCAUACGCAUCGUUAGCUAAACGAGAUCUUUUAUUUAUUUCCAUCAGUUUUAUACAAACACGAUAUACUUUUUUCUUCAUCACGUUUUUCUCGUAGUUAUCAAAGUGAAAAUUUAAAAUUAUUAAUCGUACGUAUUUUAUCCAUGCUGAUGCUUUAUGUAUUUUUCUAUGUUUUAAAGAUAUCUAUUCCUUAUUUAUAAAUGAUUCUGUUUUUUUUUAUUACGUGAUAUAUUUGUUCAUACAAAUAAAAUCUUAAUCAUACGAGUUCUUUUCGAAAUUCUAAUUCUAAUUCUCAUCAUCAAUCGAAUAAUUCUAUAUAAAGCGAAAUUAAGGUAGAAAAGAUCGAAAAGAUCAUAAUGAAAAUAGCGAGGUUGAUCGAACGAAAUAAAUUAUAAGCUUAUUACAUAACAAACGAAAUAGAUUGUACUCGUUCAACGAUAAUUAUUCAUACUUAACGAAUUUUCAAACAAAUUUCAAAAAUUUCUCAUUUCUCGUUAUGUUUUUUUUUUCUCUCAUUCCAUCAACAAUAUUUCGAAAUCAUUCUACAUUACAUUAAUAAUAUUUUAUGUAUUUCGUUAUUUGAUGCGUUAUAAUCGAUUACUUAAUUACUUAUUACAUAUUCGGCCUAAUCAACGUGUAAUUAACGUUAAUAUAGUUAUAUCACGCCCAAUGUACAUUAAAUGAUACAAACAUAUAGAUAUUUGCCGCGCAAUGUUAAAUUACAAUAAAUCAAAUAAAUAAAUCAUAAAUCGUAAAUCAAAGAUUAUGGAUAGAAUGUACAUUCGUUGAAACAAUUUUAUAUAAUUCACGUGUAUAUACGUGUAUAUACAAGAAUGUAAUUAUAUAAUAUGUAAAUGUUACAUUAGAAUAAGUUUUUGCAUCGAAUGUCCUAUGAGACUCGUGAUCGAAGAAAGUAAAAUUGAAACAAGAACAGUAUAAAAAAGGAUAUAACGAUGCGUGUAUAUUUUAUCUCGGAAGUAAUUAUAAUUCACCGUUGAAAAGAACAUCCAUUUUCACACAUAUUUUUGUUUCUAACAUUAUUACUUAAUGUUAUAUAAUAAUAUAAAUAUCUUUUAAUCCAAUUACUCGAUAGAGAAAGACAACGUAGUCUAUCGAAACGAUAAAAUACAAUCUCUCACACGAUUUCAUAACUAAAAUCAUAUCUUACAAUAUAGAAUUCUGUUAUUUGUUACAAUAUAGAAUUCUUUUAUUCACAAUUUUGAAUAUUCAAGAGAAAUUUUUUUUUCUUCGUAGCACGAGAUAUUAGGAAAUGCGCUCUUCAAAAGCAUCAAAAGUGAUAGAUGCUUCUUUUCUCGUGAAGCAAAUUUCUUUUCAACGGUGAACGAUAUAUACUCGCAAAUAUACUUGUAUAUAUAUGACAAUUAUCAAAAAAUACGAAGAAAUCUAUCAUCGAAUCUAUAUUAAUAAAAUAUAAUUAAAUUUGUACAUAUUAAAUAUAAUUUACUAUUUACAUAAAACUAUUUACGUAAAACGAAUAAAAAUUAUUCUUUACAAUCUAAUUUUUAUUUUAUUAAAUUUUGAUAAAAUUUAAUUCAUUUAGCGUGUAAAUAUCAUUAAUCGCAAAUAUAUUCAUUUAUAUUUGGCUUCUCAUUUUUUAUAUCAAACAUUUGUUACAUUAUUAAUCAUAAUUAUUAUUACACACACUUAGAUUUUAAAUUAUAAAUAUUAUUUAUACAAAAAUAUCGCGAACACGCGUAGUUCGUAUUAUAAAAUUAAUUAAUAAUUAUUAUAGUCGUUUCAACGAGACGAGUUAAUAAAUGUUCAAACAUAUGCAUAUGAUCGACUAAAAAAAAAAAAAAAAUAUACAUAGACAAAAAUCACCUCAAAGUUUACAGAUCUCUAUUUAAUAGGAAGAAAAAUAUUUAUCAAUUUUCCGCUUUGCGUAUAAAAUCCUUGAACAAGGAACCACCACAUAUUGGUGCUGAACUCGAUAUUUAAUAAUAAUUGCUAGUGAUUAAGUGAAUAUCACACAACUGUUUCGUUUUUUCCAACUCGUCACGUUGAAACAUUAAAUAUAAGUUCGUUAAUCAUGAAUAAAAACAUACAAGUAUUUACUUAAUCGCGUUCUCGGAAGAAACAAAAGCACUAAGCUUUUGAAGUUUUAUAAUCAAGUAUUAUAAUAAUAUAAUAAUAUAUUAUAUUACAUUAUAUUAUAAUAUAAUGUAAUAUAAUAUAAUAUUCAAAUAUUAUAAUAAAUAAUAUUUGUACGAUAUUAUACGCAUAUAUGAAUUACAAAUUGAAUAUAAUUAUACGAAAGAAAUAUAUACAUAUAUGUAGAGUAUGCAUAAUACAAUAAUAUAAUGAUUAAUAAUAUCGUAAUACGUUCGUAUGUAAGAAAAAAUUUUUUCAGUCAAAGCGUUUAUUCGUGCUACGAAUAAUUAAAUAUAACGUUUGCUUAUCGUUGACAAGAAUUAUUGUAAAUCUGUAUAUACAAGUAUUAAAGUAAUUAAAAUUAUAUACUUAAAUUUAAUCAUGACAAUUGUAGUAAUAGUUGACACAAUACCUCAGUAGUUUCAACAAAUUUACUUAAUUAAACUUACCUCAGCGAACUAUCUCCUAUGUACGCAGAAUUUGAAAUUAAUGUCUUUUUAUUUUAUUUUUCUAAUACAACCAUCAGUUCCAUAUGUUUAUUCGUUACAUUUGUAAAUCUUAGUUUUCAAGUAAGAUUCCUUUAUGUAUAUUAUGUAUAUUAUACAAAAAUUUUACGUAAAAUAUUACCGAACGAUGUAUAUAUAUAUUUUUUAAUAAUUUAAAAUAAUUACAAAAAAUAUAAUGAAAUAUAGAACAAAAUUUUACAAAAUCAUUUAUAAGAAUCAUCUCGUUUUCCGUUUUGUAAAUUUUCUUAUCGUUUUUUCUUCUUUUUAAUUAUUCAACGAAAUAAAUAAUUACGAAUAGUAUAAAAAAAGAAAAUAAGAAGACAUUAAAAUCACUUGUAAAAAUCACUGGUAAAAAAUCGCAUGACGAGUCUCUAGUAGACUAAAAUUAAUGUAAAAAUCAUUAAGAUAAAUUUAGUUGGACCGAAAUCGUAAUCAAAAGUGACCGAACGAUUAUCAUCGCAUAAAAAAACAAAAGAUGCAAACAUGUAAUUUAUUACGCGUACGAAAAUCAUUUCGAAACCUACAAUUAUAAAAUAAUUCGUGGCGUAGAAAAAUUCUAUAGAAUCUAUAGAAUAUUAAUGCGAAUAUUAAUAAUUUAAGCGAGAUGUAUCUUAAAUGAUUAAAGAAAGUACUUUGUAUUUAAAA